AAUAUAAAUAUUGUAAUAUCACAGCAUGAAAUGGCAUUUUCUUAUUCUUCCAUACACACCAAAUCACUGAUACGAAGGUGCAAGACAACAUGAUAUUGUGAUUAACGUAAUCAAACUUAUUAAUUAAGAUGAGGAGCUCAAUCUUAACUUGAGAACGAGGAACCUUAGAGCACAGUCCCCAACCAACCCCGUACCUGGAUCCCGUGAAGAACGUGUCCAGUUCCAAUUGCCCACUUGCCUAGAAAUAACGGGAUAACUCAGCCCUUGUCUUUUUUGCCUCCUAUAUAUAUAUACACACACACACAAGGAAGUGCCAGGGACAGAGCACUAGUAUAACCACUGAAAUUCGUUGGGCUUUUGCUCUUCAUUUUGAUUUCUCACCUCCCAUGGGAACCAGAAAUGUUAAAGAUGGUUUAAAUUUAAGCCUGCAAAUCGAUAAAGAUUGUCACCAACAUGGAGCAGUGACCGAGGAAAUUGAUGGGCUAAUCAAAGUGUACGAAGAUGAGCAUGUGGAGAGACCAAAGAUUGUUCCGUGUGUCACAAGUGAUUUACCUCACGAGCUCGGUGUGACCUCACGGGACGUAGUCAUUGACAAGUUCACAAACAUUUGGGCACGUUUUUAUGUCUCAAUAAAGUGCCAUGGUAAGCUGCCUUUACUUGUAUAUUUCCAUGGAGGUGGGUUCUGUGUAGGCUCAGCUGCUUGGAGUUGCUACCAUGACUUCCUAGCAAGGCUAGCUGCUGAGACCAGUUCCAUAAUCAUGUCGGUUAAUUAUCGUUUAGCGCCUGAAAGUCCUCUCCCAGCAGCUUAUGAUGAUGGAAUAAAGGCUCUGAUGUGGUUAAAACAGCAAGCUCUAAGUGUUGGUGCUGAUAAUUGGUGGACUAGUCAGUGCAAUUUCUCUAACAUCUUUCUAGCUGGAGAUAGUGCUGGCGCCAACAUAGCCUAUAACAUCAUCACGAGACCUGGUUCCUUUAAUGCAGGACAAGCCGCUGCAGCCAUGAAGCCAUUAAGUCUCAGAGGCAUUGUCUUGAUACAGCCAUUUUUCGGAGGAGAGGCACGCACUAAUUCAGAAAAAUACCUCGUACAAUCACCUCGCUCGGCGCUUAGCUUGGCAGCCUCUGAUACAUAUUGGCGAUUAGCUUUGCCUUGUGGAUCUAACCGGGACCAUCCAUGGUGCAACCCUCUAGCCAAGGGGUUAGACGUGGAAUUGGAGGAUUUGUUGAGAUUUCCAAUAAUGGUGUGCAUAUCAGAGAUGGAUAUCUUGAAAGACAGGAGCUUGGAGUUUGUUGCUUCUUUGGAUAGAGCUGGUAAAAUGGUGGAGCAUGUCGUUCAUAAAGGGGUAGGGCACGCAUUUCAGAUUCUAAGCAAGUCCCAGCUCUCACGAACUCGAACAUUGGAAAUGAUGUCACAAAUCAAGGACUUCAUUAGUGGAAUAUGAUCUCCUCUCUCAAGAACUAUAUAUACUCAGAAUUUUAUUUAGGUAACCAAGGAAAUCAAUUCUCAAUUUUAUAUGAUGCAAAAUUCAAUGCUUUUAGUGCUGCAAAUAGAUAUUCACGUAUAACCCAUCUGCUACACAUGUUGGUCAACGAAGGAGAGAGGAAAAGGAAAGAAAUCUUAGGGAUGAUGGCACAUUGUAUUUGGGCAAAAAUGGAACAGACCAUGAGAUGGAAAAGAAGCUGUGUUUCUUUUUUUUAUUAUUAUUAUUUAUAGAUGGUUUGAUUUGAAAAGUUAUUAAAUUGAUUUUUUUAAUGUGUUUUAA